GAAACGGCGGCCGUCACCUCCUCCUCCUCCUCCUCUCGCCACAUACCUAAAUUCAAUUUGAGUGAGCCUAUGACGGUACAGGUAGAAGAUGGCUCCGCAGAAGUGGUGGCUCCGCCGCCACCACCUCUUCCUCCUUCCCAGCGCCGCCCCAGGGUGAGGGAGGUCAGCUCUAGGUUCAUGUCUCCUUCUCCACAUUCGUCCUCUUCCACACUUGGUGAUCAAACCAAAUCGCCGCUUCGUAAUCAGCAGCAGCGUGAACAGAGGCAGAGGCGGCGCCUGGAAUUGGAGGCAGACGACAACAGGCCCAGGGUGAGGGAGGUUGGAUCUAGGUUCAUGUCUCCCUCUCAACAUUCCUCCUCUUCCACGUCCGGUGAGCCAUCCAGAUCGCCUCUUCGUAAUCAGCGUGAGCGAUCAGUCUCGGCACAGAGGCAGAGGCGGCGCCUGGAAAUGGAGGCCGAUGAGAACAGGCCCGCUGAAACUCAUCGGAGCCUGGAAUCCCCAUUUACUAGUACCAGUACAAAUACGGUGAAGAAGUUUCACCUCUCCAGAACCUCCAGUGAUAGCGCCAAAUUAUUUGGGAGAAGUACUCCAUUGAGGCCCGAUACCCCAACAACCAUCACUUCAGACAUAACCGCAUCAUCAAGAAUAAGAUUAAACCACUGCCCCGCCACCGCCGCCACAAAACUCUUGCAAUCUAGUGUGAUGUCUAUGCCGGAGACAGAUCAGCUACCAUCCAUAUCCACCCGAUUCCUUUCAGAGAGAAAUCUCAACAAGGGUAACGACACUUCAAAGCCCACUGCUUCUCCUUUCUCCCGUUCUCUGAAUUCAUCACUGUAUAGUUCUGAAACGCCUAUGUUCCAUCAUCCCCUCAAAGGAGGCUCAGUAAAACCAGGGGGACUUUCUCUGCCUCCUGUCCCAAAGCCUGGAACAGAUACAAGAAAGGCCAAAAAGGUUUGUAGCCUGCAGGAAGAUGUUCAUUCCCUUAAAUUGCUUCACAAUCACUGGCUGCAAUGGACAUUUACGAAUGCAAAGGCAGAAGCCACAAUGCAGUUUCAGAAAGGAGAGACUGAGAGAACAAUUUAUUCACUCGGGCUGAAGAUAUCGACUCUAUAUGAUUCUGUCAAAAGGAAACGCAUUGAACUUGGAGUGCUGCAAAGGAUGAAAACCUUAACAACAAUUCUUGAAGCUCAGAUGCCAUAUCUGGACACUUGGUCUGCCUUUCAAGAGGAGUAUUCAAAUUCUUUGUCAGAAGCGGUAGAAGCCUUGUUGAAUGCCUCACUUCGACUUCCUAUCAGUGGGAACGUUAGGGCUGAUGUAAGAGAGGUAGGGGAGGCAAUAAACUCUGCAGUAAAAAUGAUGGAAAUGAUAUUUUGCCAUGUUCAAGGCUUUAUGCCGAAGGCUGAAGAAAUGGAAAGUUUGAUAUCAGAACUUGCUAGAGUGACAGGAGGUGAGAAAGCUCUUGUAGAAGAAUGUGGAGAUCUUCUGUCUAUGACAUAUGCAUCACAGGUGGAAGAGUGCAGUUUACAGAGCCAGCUUAUUCAAUUCAGUCGAAGAUGCGCCACUAAAUUCCAAGAAGAUGGGCUAUAAAUCAUCAACUUUUGAUUGACAUGAACAGGGUGUUCGUUGUACAUUUGAGCAGGCUCAGUUAUUUCUGGAAAUUGCUUCAGAUUCAGAAUCCCAUACUAAGAAGAAGAAAGAACUGGCCGGGGUGUAGUGAACAUUUUGUGUGUUAGGAGAAAUUCUUUCCCUCAGUCCCUUCGGUAUAGCUACGUCAAAAAUAAUUUUGAUUCUUGGUGUAGACACAAAACCAUAUUGUAUUGAUUUAUACAAAUUCUUGUAUACAAAUUCUUUAUUCCAUCAUAAUAUUUCAUUCACUUUGUAUUUUUUCAAAACCAGUUUGUGUACUCUCAACCCUGUACUCGACCCUAAUUUUUCAUGAGUAAUGUAAACAUCGCACUUUUUAUAUUAGUUUAGGGCAUUUAAAAAGAAUAAACUUAAAAUAUCAUA